AUUUGGCCUGAUCGGAAAACCUAUGAGGACUUGCAGAAAGAUGCAUCAGAGAAGUUUGCAGCUCAGACAAAUAUGGAUGCACUUAGAAAUUCGAUUGAAGAGGGUAUAAAAGCACAGGAAGUGAAUCGUCGGAAGCGAGUUCAGGGCUCUUACGAAUGCGAAAGACGCAGGAAGCGACGAGACGAGGAUGGAACCGCCAAUGGCCCAGAUGAUGCCGCUGAGAACGAGUCGAACUCUCCUACAGAUGAGGAUGGAGCAACGGUUCUUCCAGAGGGAGCAGCUCAGAUGUCAUGGAACUCUAACAACAAUGCCGCUCCCAACAUCAACAAUGACUUUUUGGAAGAGGAGGAAAUCGUGGACGAGUUGGAUCUGCUAACCGAAGAGGAGCUGCAAGCCGAAUACGAUGAACUAGAAGAGGCUGAGAUGGAGAAUAACGAGAAUGAAAAAACCGAACAGGAAAAUGAAAGCGAUGAGGAUAGUGAGUUGUUCAUACUAUUCCUCAACUUUUUCCCUUAA